UCCCAGAUCUCUCCUUCAGUCUCCCCGUCUUUUCGUCUUCGCCUGCACAGCUGCCAAUAGACUAUAUACAGUUGCACCUUCUGGGUCAAGGGCACUAGCUUACUUCUCUAUUCAUAGCACCACAUUCAACACUUGGUUCUGAUCCUGGAGAUUAACACACAUACCGGCGUGUGUCUGGAGAUAGAUCAUCUUCCUGGCCUUGGCAAACGAGAGCCCACGAGGAUCAUUCGGGUCACCAGCUGAUCACACAUUUUUUUUUUCCUUUUCACUCCCCUCCUUCUUCAUUCCCACCAGUGGUAUCGAUCACAAGUCUUGUCGGACGGCAGGAUACAUUCCUGCCUAUUCCCUCCUCCCCCUCGACCUCCCGGCUGUCCAUUCAACCCCCACAAUGCAUACCCGACUGUUCCUCCUUUUCACUCUCCUGGCCCCCCUACUCACCGCCGCCCGUCCCGAUGAUGUAUACCUCCAACGAAUGAUUGUCAAGAGACAGGAUGCAACGGAUGAUGGAGGUGCCAGUCCCUCUGCAUCCCCUACUCCCGAUGCUACAGACACUGAGGACCAACCUACGGAUACUGUAGCAGCUUCCACGACGGAAGCGCCCGCAGCAUCUACUACGGAUCCUGCUGCGCCUAGCGCCUCUGCCAGUACGAUUGGCCAACCACUAGGAGGAGCAGGACAAGGAGAGAGUAUACCUGCUACUUGUGCGAGCUGUUCCUCGUCUUACGAUAAUGUCAUUGCUUGUCUCACCAACGGAAACUCGGAUUCGUGCUCGCCAGUGUGCGGAAAUUACACCAGCACCGUCAAUUGCAUCUCAUGUCUCGUCUCCAAUGGCCAACCGGAUGUCGAUCAAUCCGCCGCUCAGCAGGUCGUUUGGAACCUCGAAGCGAGUUGUCAAGCUCUUGGAGUGACAGUACAGAGUAUCACCAUCACUGCUUACCCUACCACGACUGGCUCAUUCUUCACUCCCUCUGGGCAAGCUACCGUACCUACCAAUACCAAGUCCACCAAAUCCGUCAGUCACUCCGGUAUCACAGUGUACAACACCUACCGUACCAAAGCUCUCGGAUCAAUAUCGACAAGUUAUGCCGUCAACCCCACCAUCGUCCUAUCUACCUCUGGUCUGGGUUCACGUCAAGCUCAAUUGCCAGUUUCCGCCUUGCAAUUACUGACUAUGGGGUUGACGACGAUUCUAGGGCUAGGGAUUGGACAUUAUGUAGCUUUGUUCUAGAUGGAUUAUCCGUGUAUGUAUCAUUCACUUCAGCGAGGCUUCUUGCAAGUCACUUUGCGUUUCUGAGCUGCCAAGGGACUGUCACAGGAUCGUUG